AAAGCAAAAUCACCGACGCUUUCUUACCUUCUCCAACCCAUUAUUUCUCCAAAUCUCUCAUACCCUAAACGUUUCUUACUUUCACAAAAAUGGCGAACCCCAUGCGAAAGUUAAUCCCUUGUUUCCUUCUCCUCAUCCUCCCAUUCCAUCCCUUCUCCACCUUAGCCGAUGUCAAAUCGACCUUGAAAACGUCAUCCAAGGACCAACUACCAUGCCAAAUGUGCAUCUCAUGUGACAACCCUUGCCCUGUAUACUAUCCACCGCCUCCACCUCCUGUGGUUUACCCUCCUCCACCGCCUAAAAUCCCCUAUUGCCCGCCACCACCACCAACCUGCCCUGAAUGUCCACCGUGCAAAGAAUGUACACCAGGUGCGGUACCCACAGUACCGGGACAACCUGGUGUCGUUGGCGGUGAAGUUUAUGGCCCACCUAGCGCCUCUGGUGGAGCAGUGCCUUACUUCCCUUAUUAUUAUAGGUACCCUCCAGCGGAGCCUAUCACUUCUGCCUCCACCUCCAUUCACUGGAAAUUGUGGAAUGCUUGUUCCGCCAUUUCUCUGCUACUUGCCACAUUAUGCUUCUACUAACUAAAAUAUUGCAACCUCGGAAGCAACCGUCAAGAUGGCGGUGUCGUAGUUCUGGGAAAUCGAUAUAUAUAUUUAUUGAUGGAGAUUAGCAUCAAGUAGAAGAAGUAGUACUUAAUAAGGUUGGUUUAUCAAAAUAUGCCCAGCUGAAUUUAAUGUUGGUUGGUCACGUUUUAUUUAUAAUUCAGCUAAUGUGCUCUAUGUGUUCACUUGUAUUGUUGUACUACUAAAAUAAAUGGAUUUUGUAUGUUGUAGUAAUUGUUGAAGACCUAAAUUAAUUUCAAUUGUCAAU